CAACUGCAAUAUUAUCGUUUUGAUAUCUUGUUAGAGAAUAACAGAUAAAUUAAGUCAUUUAGCUGUGACAGUGACAAAGCUUAAUAUUUUUUUUAGAAUAGCUGUUCUAAUUUGGUAUUUUACAUGUAGGAAAGAUAUGAAAUUAGAAUGUCAAAUGUCAAGUAUUAUAAGUAGUAAUACCAAUAUCAGAAAGGCCAAAAUGUAAUUUGUUUUUUUGUUGAAUGUGUUUCACGCAUAAAAUCUGUGUCAAGUCUUUAUUCUGUGUGCAGGAGGAUACGUCAACAAAACUGAAUACAUAGAGCAAGUGAUUAAAGUUGCAUUAAACAGACAGAUCACAAAAUGUAUGUUACCUUCACUUUAACCCCUCGAUCUUAACGUUCAAUUAGAUCAACUGUGCCGGCUCAUAUCUUGUACCAUCAGAGAUAUGGCUACAUCAAUGACGCAAUGUCAGACAGACACAUCACUUCAAUCCAAAGAUCGGGAAAGCUCAUACGAUGGUUCUCAAAAUGCAGCUGAUGACAAAGAUGUUGAGAUCGUAUAUAAAGUGGGAUAUCAAGCAGCUAAAGAAUGGCACCGAGACUCAGAUCUGGAGUUUCGAGUGUUAGUCGUUCAGCAGACUCUACAAAAGCUUUUCCAGAUAACAGAUUUACCUGACCUACACAAUACGAUGACAUAUGUUUGCUUUCAAAUAGUCCGUGACAUUGAAUGUGAGCUCUUCUUAAAUGCCAGCAACAGGGGAGAAUAUUACCACUUGGCCUGCGCAAUGGCUGUCGAACUUGGAAAAGAAAUGUCAAAAAAGAAGUCACCAUCAGGAUUGGCAACGGAGCAAGAAAGUCCUAAGACGAAAGAGGUUGAAACCAUGUAUGCCAUAUCAGAACGUUGUAACGUCAAAAAGUCUGUUAAAGAAACUCCGCUGCAACUGAGGUUUGACAAAAUACUGGAAAAUGUGUUACACGAAUUGAGAAUACGCUUUGGCUUCAAGCUACAGGUAUCAAAUUUAGACAAACAAUCUGGAUUGCUGUACACGGGAAAAUGUGCAGAUUUAGACAAACAAAAGCAAAUGAAUUGGCCAGAGCCUCUGUUAAAGCAAGAGUACGGUGAAUUUGAUAUGGAGUCUCCUAUGGAAAGUGGUGAUCCAAAACAAAGAUACACAAGAUGUUCAAAAACAAAGGAACAUGAGAAAAUGAUACUCUUUGCUGAUUUUUCAAUCACACACCUGCCUGAAAAUCUUCGAAGUAAUACACUUUUUGAGUUUAUCUGGGUGUUCGCAAUGAUAACAGUGCGUAUUGAGAUCAAUACGAUAAGUGACGAUCGACCUAAGCAAAUACCUGGGACUGAAAUAGACUACCCAUGUUCAGGGGCGUUUGAGAGCACACCAACACAUGGCACAGGUAGAAUUUGUAACGUGACAAAGCACUCAGCAGAUAAUCACAAAUUUAGCAAAUUCAAAGUGUGCCCAUGUGAACGAUGCAAGAGCUCGGGUCAUCCGAGCAAAGAAUGGGGUGAAAUUUUAAUCUUCACCGCGGCACACGUAGUCCAUGAUAAUAGUGAAGCUGGAAAGACAAGAUGUAGAUUGUUUUACCACAGCGAGGACGACAGCAGCGAGGAGAAGUACCUGGUUGGUGUCAAUGUGGUAGAGCGAGACAUUGAGAGAGAUUGGUGCAGGUUUAAAUGUGUGACUUGUGACAUGGAUCUGGUCGAGAAACUUGAGAGCUUGCUUUCUUCAUUUUUCAGACUAUGGUAUGAGGUAUUUCAGGAGAACAGGGCGGAUUCCAAAAAGCACAGGUUUACUAUCAUCGUUUCGCAUCCACACGGUUACUUGAAGCGCCUUUCUCUAGGGAGAUGGACGAAAAGAUUUGGUGCCAAAGACGUACAAGUUCCCUACCAUAGCUUGUACCAUUACGAUGCUCCCACCUGUGGUGGCAGCAGUGGUGCAACUGUCCACUUUCUGGGGAAAAGUGGUGGAAAUAUGCACUGGUUUGAUCAACACAUUCAUUCCGGGUGCUACGGGCCGAUGAGAAAACAAAGUGGGGUGGGCUGGGAAAACAAAUUCUGAGUCAUCAAUUACGGAGACUAAAGGAACACUUUAACGUCAUAAUGAGAAUCUAUUUAAAUGUGUCUUGCCAAAGGUUUGUACACGUUAUUUCUCCAACACAAAAUCUCAGAUCAAGUUGAAAUUUUACAAUUUUUUUUUACCUGAAAACAAGAAUUAUUUUUGUUUAAAAUUAACUAUUUGUAAUAAAUUAUUUUGUUGGUAUCACAAAUAAAGGAAAUAAAUAAUACUUGACGGAAGUGGUGGUAUAAGCUAAAUAAGUCAACCUUAUAGACUGUCGUCUGAGGCUUAUUACAAAUGUAAUUAAAUGACUGAUCCAAUCUAAUUGAUACACUUAAUAUAACUAUGGUGAUUGCGAUUGUGUAUUGUGAAUGGCACUUUAUAGAAUCUCGGGUGUAAGAGUUAACAAUUUCUAGGUUUAUUUGUAGUUUAUUUCUUUGGUCCGUUGGUUGGGACAGAGUGACGUCCCUUGAGAUAAUUGUUAUUGUUGUCAGAGGCCAGAGUUUUGAGACUAAGUGUAGAAGGACAGUAUAACGCAGUUUUUUGUAUAUUUAAAUAGUUCCACAUUGGAUUGCUUUAUUUACAAGCUCAUUCUGAUAACUUUUAUUAAAUAUAUAUUCUGUUCUUUAUACAACCCUUGUUGUUUCUUUGAAUUGUUGAAAUACAUCCAUUUAUGUGUCCAUGUCAGAGCCAUAGAGUUAACAACAAUAACCUUUGUUUUUUUUUUUUUUAAGUUUUGUUUUGUAUUUUGCUUGUUUUGGGAUUGAACCUCAAGUGUAAGGUAAAUAAAUCAUAACAUUCACUCGAAAAAAAAACAAAAAAUUUUGU